GUUACAAAUAAAAAUUAAGGGUUUUGAUUGCUGAAAGAGAAAAUUGGGAGACUUUUUUGUUUUUUCAGAUUUCCCGAAAGUGUGAAGAGUGUUUACUGAGUAUUUGAUUGUUGAUUUCAGUGCAGAUCACCCGGAGAAUUUUUUUAAUCCGCCUGUGAGCUCGAGAAAUUCUAGAUGUGGUAAGACUAUCAAAAUUUCCUAGAGGAGAUUGUCUAGAGAUUCUUGGUGAUGCCAGAAUUGGAGAGCUAGGUGAACUGUAAGUGGGAAAAUUUAAUGCUACUAUGGAUAAAGUAUCCUAAAUAAAUUAUUAUUUUUAAUAAACUCGCAAAAUAAAUUGGGAGUAAAUGCUACGAUAGACAAUUGGCCGCCAAAUAACGAAUUUUCUCAUCAAUACAGGCGUGAUUAUUGGAUAAUUAUACUGCUCAUUUACUUAUAAAUGAACAGAAAAAUUGAGUUGGUAGGAAAUUGUAAUUUAACCCUCACUGAGAGUGUUAUAAUAAAAGUUAAAAGAUCGUGCAAGGGCGGCCGCAUAUAGAAUAAGUGCAAAACAGUUAUGCCUGGAAACUGCUACUGCGCAUGACCAAGAUGGCGGUGGGCCAUUGCCACUGAACAGCGAGAUUGGCGACCGGUCUUGGGUUUUGUGCAAAAAAUCAGAGUAAAAUUAUUCAAUUAAUUAUUAAAACGCCUCACAUCGGUUAAUUAACGUGACGAGGAACGGUUUGGUCGUGAACUUGAGGUGAAUAUUCAAGAAUUACAUCCGCUAGAACGAAAUCAAAGUCGAGAAAAAUAAAUCCCGUACGCAACCUGCCUGCGCCGAUCGAACAUGGUGGCUACUCGUUGGCACUGAACCCCGAGUUUUGGCGAGGCCCUCCGGUUUUUGGCGAAAAUUAACGGUAAAUUAAUCGAAUUAAUUAUUACAACUGCUAUAAUUGGCUGAUCAUCGUGGAGAGAAAUGAUUUGACGAUGAAUUUGAGGGGAAUUUUCGUGAAUUAUAUCAGAGAUGAGAUAAUUACAUCCGCGAGACUGAAAAAUAAAAGUUAUGACGCAACACCCCACCCCACUGCGCCGCGACACCGCGCAUAUGCGUAAUGGCGGUGAGUUGCUGGCAGUGAACGAUGGGUUUCGGUGAGGCUCUCGGGUUUUCGGCGGAAAAUCACGGUAAAUCUAUCGAAAUAAUUAUUAUAAUUGCUAUAAUUGGCUAAUUACCGGGGAGAGGAACGAUUUGACAAUGAAUUUGAGGAUAAUUGUCGGGAUUUAUAUCCGCUGGAAUGAAAAAUAAAAGUUGAGACGCAUAAACCCACUGCGCAGCGAUACCGCGCAUGCACAAUGGCGGUGGUGGCUCGGUGGUCGGUGGGUCACGGGUACUGAACAGCGAUUUUGGCCAAUGCCCUUGGGUUUUCUGCCGAAAGUCAGGGUAACAUCAUCCAAUUAAUUAUCAAAAGUUCUCAAACUGCCUAAUUGUCGUGGAAAGGAACGGUUUGAUGAUAAAUAUGAGGCGGAUUCUAGUCAAUUACAUACACCAGAGCGAAAUAAAAAUUGAGAAAAAUAAAUCUCAUGCGCAAAGCUUCUGCGCCGAUUCAACAAUCUGGUCGGCAACAAUGCAUUUGAUGAUACUUCUAUAUAUUUUCGCCCCAAAGGAGGAGAAAACCAUUAACAUAAUCUCAUGGAGAAUUAAUAGUCAUGAACUGCAACAAUUUUAUGAGGAUUCGUCAAUUAUUUCAAGGAAUUACCUACGAUAAAAAAUAAUAUUUCAAAAGUAAACAUGUGGUGUCUGUCUCGCGUUGCCAGAUGGCGCCUGCUGUUCAAUUCCGGACAAAAUAACAAGUGUUUUAAACAUUUUGUGAUAUUAACUUUUUAAUAAAUCGAAAAUUAAUUGAAAGUCGCGGAAAAAUAAUUUUAAAAGUUGAAAAGGACAUGAACAAGUGAUGGGACAAUAUUUUUUAAAAAAUGUGAGUGGUAAAGUGUCUUGAAAGUUUCGUAGUUACCGACGUGUAGUGAAAGUGGGAAGAUGGCGAAGUAUGUGCUUAAAGCACGAGCUUUUUAAAUUUUACAGGUCAUUUAAAUAAAAAAAAGUUGUGAGAAAAGUGUGAAAAGUGAUAGUGCAGUGAUUGUGACAAGUGGAAAAGUGUCUGAACGAGAGGUCAUCGGGCAUCAUCCAGAGUUCCAGCUGUACGUCCUGCUGAUCGGUGAGUGAUUGAACUGCAAUUAUUCUCUACGAUUUUCGGAAAUAUCACUGAUACGCCCCCACCCACCACCCGGAAACGAUUCUCAACUCCUCCCUCCAACUAACCAACUGCAAACCGACUAAGCUGCUUAACCCCACGCACCCCCAAAUGGGAUCAAAGAGACUUCACUGGGACUAAACUGGCGAAUGUACCUAUUCACCAAAGCUUGUUCAUUAUAAUAGAAUAAACUCAUUGCUCCCUUCACUGCUAUAAUAGCACGAAGCUAACAUCCAAAUAUAAUUAGUCAUCGAUCAUGUUAAUCCUGAAAGAUGCGAAGGAACAAUGGACUAAAGUUGGACCUUACCGAGAAUACACCAGGUAGCUCGACAUCGAGACUACCGAAUUUAUUGGAGCAUGCAGAGAGUUGUGAUACCGGUAUUGUUAACGGUACUGGUGAGAAUUUGAGCAGUAAAUUGCCAAACGUCGUUGAGGGCUCCAUGGACUAUGGUACCGAGCGUAGAUCUUCACGUUACAUGGAUUACGAGCCGAAGAGCUUUCACGAUGGUCAGUCUGGGGGUGGUUACGCUGAUGGUAUUGCUGCAAGGACUAAUGAUGCCGAAUAUGGAGACAGAAGUUAUACAAGAAGUUUCGACAGAAAAACACCAGGUGGUGGAUUUGAUCAAGCCAUGGACAGAUAUGACAACCGAAUAUAUCCGGAGGAGAAUGUGAGGUAUGACAGACGGGGUGACAGGCCUUACCAGGAGUCUGACCUGGAUGCCCCGUACGACAGGAGCGAGGGCCAGAAGGUUCGAUAUCAGGAUCCACCCGACAGCACCAGACGAUACUCAAGAGAUCUCACAGAUUAUGAGUAUGCUACAAGGUACGCCGAGGAGACGCUCAAGCUCGAUCCUAAGAAAGAUCAUCGGCAUCAUGUAGGCCAGAUCUAUGAGCCCAUCAGUAAGAACUAUGAUACCCUUUCGAAAGGUGGUUACGAGUCCGGUAUCAAAACACGAGAUUCCUCUUACGAACUCAGCUCCUGCUCCAAUCCCAAAUACGACAGCAAGUACACAGUUGGGAAGAUGUAUGGAACAUUACCCCGGUACGAUACAUCCGGUAAAGCCUAUGACUCCUAUGAUACAGGUAGAUCGUAUGGAUCAAAGUACGAGGAGCAGAGUUACGACAGUGGUGUCAAGAGCUUCGAGAGUUCAACAUCAAAGUACGAGCUCAGUACCUCAAAAAGUUACAUUCAAGAGCGUUCAAAGUACGAGCCAGUGGCUAGAUAUCAGGAUACAUCGGCAAAAUCUUAUGAUCAAACACUUAAGAUAAGUGAAGUUGGCACAACAUCUGGUGCUUAUCAGCGAAAACAAACUAGUGACUCGACAAAUGUAGCUGUAGCCGAAAAAACGAAUGGUUAUAGAAAGAAUAAUUUCGAGGCAUAUGGUGUAUACUCGGAUCCUGAGGAUGAUCAUGGAUUUCGUACUGAUAAAAAAACACCCCAAUAUACGUACAAGGGUGUUGUAGUUAAUGUUACUGGUGAAUCGAGUGUUGUAGAUCAGAAAAAGAAUCCCAAGGAGGGUAGACAGACUGAGGUACAACGCAGCCCGUGGUGCAGACCAACGAUAUUACUCCUCUUCCUCAUACUCCUCAUAGUCAUCUUCGUUUUUGUCGCUGGUAUCCUGUUGUACUUCAAUUAUAUGUCCUACAAGCCACGUCAUCCCGUAGUCGAGGGUAAGGAUCAAAAUUUCGCCAGUAAUAAUCAGGAGCCAUGUGAAAAAACUUACUGCGCUUGGGGUGCUGUGUGCGUCGUGUCGGAGACGGGUCGUGGCCUCUGCCAGUGCCCUCAGGAUUGUCCGCCAACAUUAGAGCCGGUCUGCGGUAGUGACGACGUGACGUAUGGUAACCAGUGUCUCAUGCGACAGGCUAGCUGUCGCAACCGAACGAACACCAGAGUCGAGCAUCAAGGGCCAUGUGAAAUCAAGGAUCCUUGUCACGGUGUUAAUUGCACACUCGGGGCCGAGUGUGUGAGGAGUGCGAAUGGAACGAAAGGCUCGUGCGAGUGUGUGAAGAGCUGCCCAAAUGCUGGUGAACGAGACGCUGUCUGUGGAACCGAUGGAAUCGAUUAUCCCAGCAUUUGUGCAUUGAAUCAAUUCGUUUGUGAGAAGGGGGUCAAUGUCACGGUUGAGUUCAAAGGAAAAUGCGAUCCCUGUGGCAGUUUGGAUUGCACUGAGCCAGAAGUGUGUCAACUGGAUGAAUCAAGGCAGCCGAGUUGUCGCUGUGGGGAACAAUGUGGUCUUGAAUUCUCACCGGUUUGUGGUAGCAAUGGCAGAACUUAUUCCAACGAGUGUAGCCUCAGGCAGGAGGCUUGCAGGUCGAGAUUACCACUCAGAAAAAAUUACGAUGGCGCAUGUAGCUCAGGAAAGAAUCCAUGUGAUGAUGCACACUGCAGUGAAUUCGAGGAGUGUGCAAUCGAUCGUUAUGGCAUUACUAAAUGCGAAUGUGGACCGGAAUGCGAGGCUGUAUUUGUGGCUGUCUGUGGGGCCGAUGGUACAACGUACAAGUCACAAUGUGAACUGAAGAGACAGGCGUGUCUCACUAAGAGUAACAUCGAGGUCGCCUAUAUCGGCAACUGCGGCUCUCGAGGACCCUGUACUGAGAAGAUCUGUCAAUGGGGAGCCAUCUGCGCUGAGCAGGGAGAUACUGCUACCUGCCAAUGUCCCACAUGCUCGGUUGAAUUCAAUCCAGUUUGCGGUAACGAUGGUAUCAGCUAUGGGAAUGAGUGCAAGCUCAGAUUGGAGGCUUGUCAGCACCGGAGGGAGAUCAAAGUCCUCUACCAGGGCUUGUGCAAUGGCUGCGAGAGCAAACAAUGCAACAACUACGCUAAAUGCGAGAGCGACAGUACUGGUGAAGCAAAAUGCGUGUGUCCAACUAACUGCGGAGAGUUGGAUAAAGAGGGAGAGAGAAAGGUGUGCGGAAGUGAUGGGGUUACUUAUGCUAAUGAGUGCGCGAUGCAAAAUGCAUCGUGCACGAUGCAGACCAGCAUUACGGUGGCUUUUGAGGGCGAGUGCUCGCAAUGUUCCAACAUCGAGUGUAAAAACGGCGCCCACUGCUCGGCGGGUGAGUGCGUCUGUCCCGAAAGCUGUCCAGAACCAACUGGCGAGCCGGUAUGUGGUACUGACGCAAAGACAUACCCAUCCGAGUGCGACUUACAACGAACUGCCUGCGACAAACUCAGAAGUAAACUUUCAAGUCUGCACGUAGCAUUUCAUGGAGAGUGCGGUGAGAAAUUUGCUGUUGCUGCACUGACUACAAUGUCAACACCGUCUGUGACACGGCUACCAACAACCGUUGCCGAGGUAACGAGCACUCAGGAGCGAGAAGCUUGUAAGGACAUACACUGUGAUUUUGAGGCCACCUGUGAGCUCGGACCAGAUAGAUUUCCGAGGUGUAGCUGCAAGUUUGAUUGUAAUGCUGAGAAUGAGGAAAGUGCCAUGCCAGUUUGCGGAAGUGACCUUAAGAUUUAUCCGUCAGCCUGCUUCAUGAAAAUUGAAGCCUGUCAGAGGCAGCAGGAACUCAGACUCAGGCCCCUGGACCUGUGUCAAGGUAUGGAAGUGAAACCCUGCAGUGGAGAUCCCCCAUUAACCGACGACGAGGGCAAGGAAUACGACUGCGGAAGUGGUCCAGACAGACGUGACUGUCCCAGUAACAGUUAUUGCCACCAAACUACUCGAUUUGCACGUUGCUGCAAGAAAGUCCAGGGGAUUCAAGUCGUCAAGUGCCUGGACUCUUGGCAUGGCUGCUGUCCAGACGGAAAAACUGCUGCAUUGGGACCCGACGGCGCCGGUUGUCCCAGUCUCUGCAAUUGCAACAGGUUGGGAAGUAUCUCCGACACAUGUAAUCCAGAGACUGGACAGUGCGAGUGUCGGCCGGGUGUUGGGGGUCUUAAGUGUGACAGGUGUAUGCCAGGAUACUGGGGAUUACCGAAAAUCAGCGAGGGACAUCAGGGAUGCAUUCCCUGCGGCUGCUCACUCUUCGGUUCUGUCCGGGAGGAUUGCGAACAAAUGACAGGACGAUGCGUCUGCAAGCACCACAUCCAGGGACAAAAGUGUACUAUUUGUACGGAUCAUAAUAAGAUCCUCACACCCACCGGUUGUUUCUCAGCGGACACUAGUGUACCAAUGCCAACAAGCUGUAACGAGUUGGAAUGCUAUUCUGGCGGUCAUUGCACUGAAAUUGGCGGUGGUCCUCAUUGCGAGUGUCCAUCCUCCUGUCCAACUGAUGUACCAUCAGUGCCAGUUUGUGGUAGUGAUGGACAGACAUACGCAAACGAGUGUGAAUUACGUUUGUAUGCCUGUCGUCAUCAAGCGGACGUUGUAACACAGGCGUUUGGACGUUGCCGAGACGAUCCGAAGGUGAAUACAGACUUUCCUGUGAAGAGAUUUACAGCUGUCCAGUACACGCAGCCCGCAGCAGCAAUUUCUCCAUUGUCCAAGUCAACCAGGCAUCUUCUUGGUCCCGAGCCAGAUUCCAGAUAUUACUACACCCAUCGGGCACAGCAAGAGACCAUCACUAUCGACCGAGACAAUCUCAAACACGGGAUUGUUACAGUGGUGGAUAAUGAUCAUGGGUUUCCAGGUGUCGCAGCGGCAUCAAGACCGACCCCAGCAACAAUUCGCGUGGUUACUGCGCUUCUCGGGGAUCUUUGUGCUGACGAUAAGGACUGCACAAUACCGAAUAGCGAAUGUGUUAAUGGGGGAUGCAUUUGCUCUAGUGGAUUCUCCGAGACGAGCGAUCGGCAGGAGUGCUUUGCCAACUACCUGCCAGUGACGCCAUCCAAAGAACUGCGUGCCUGUCUUUCCUACCCCUGUCACUCAUCCUCCACCUGCAUUGACCUCCCCUCCUCGACGUUCGUCUGUAUCUGUCGUCCAAACUACACCGGCCUCCUUUGCGACGAAGAGAUCAACAAGCGAGAGUACCAAAUUCCCUCCUUCGACGGCAAGUCCUACGUUCGUAUGAGCCGCCUAAAAGCCUACCACAAGUUCAGCAUCGAAGUUGAAUUCAAGACAUACGCCGACAAUGGAAUAAUCCUCUACAAUCAGCAGAAGAACGAUGGAACCGGGGACUUCGUGUCCCUCGCCAUCAUCGACGGUUUUCUCCAAUUUCGCUACAAUCUGGGAAACGGCCCUGUGAUUUUGACGUCCCCCGAACGCGUUACCCCGAAAAACUUUCACCAUGUGACGGCCAAACGUUACCACAAAGACGGCGUCUUGAUCUUCAAUAACGGAGAGGACAUAGAUGGAAAAUCCCAGGGGAUCCUGAAAUCCCUCGAUCUCAAUCAAGAUACCUUCGUGGGCAACGUUCCCACGAACUACAGCCGAGUCUUUGACAACAUUGGGACUAAUCAGGGCCUCUUGGGUUGCAUACGAAAAUUGAAGAUCAAUCGAUUAUCAGUCGACCUGCACAUCAAUCACGACAAGGAAGUACUCGAGACGUAUCGCGUGAAAGAAUGUACGGAUAAUGCCUGCGCGUCCCUUCCGUGUCAGAACGGUGCCACCUGUCAGCCGAUCUUCGAGGAGGACCUGUGCAACGGCCGCGAGUGUUCCAGCUCCAAAAGAGGGAAAAACAAACGGAAGGGAGGACAUACAACAGCAGGAUUCAAUGUCGUCAAGUGUAAAGGAUCUCACUGCACUACUGUGGACGGAAGCCCGAAGCAGAAGAGAUCGAAGAAACAUCCGAGGAAGAAGUGCAUAGGCGCUGAGUGUGAUUACGAUUAUGAGUUGGAUUAUGAGCCGAGCUUUGAGCACGACAAUUAUGCAGUGACGCAGUAUGCACCGCCAGAGUACAAGUGCAUGUGUCCUCCACAGUAUACAGGAGUCAACUGUGAGGAGUCAUUGGAUCCGUGCAUCGGAGAGCCCUGCAAGAACAACGGUGUUUGCGACAUUCUACCCCAGGGUGGCUACGUCUGCAAGUGUCCACCAGGUAGAACUGGAGAACACUGCGAUGUCCUCGAUGCUGACCUGACGGAAUUCCUUGUGCCUGAGUUCACUGGCGAUGGUUUCGUGGAGUUGGCUUCUCUUGAAGGUGUUUCCAAAGCAUUUUCUAUCGAGCUCUGGUUCCUGACCAGGGCUAAUGAUGGACUACUGCUGUACAAUGGACAGAUGAAUAAUGGAAGAGGUGAUUUUAUCAGUCUGAAUAUGGUCCAAGGGAAGUUGGAGUUCAGGUUUAAUCUUGGGAGUGGAAUCGCUAAUAUCACCUCGCCAGAUGUCGUUAGCCUUGAUACUUGGCAUUGUGUGAGGAUCAGCAGACUUGGGAGGGAGGGAUUGCUGCAGCUGGAUGAGGGAACUGUUGCUAGAGGCUUCUCCGGUAAUCCGCUGACGGAACUCAAUCUGGAGAUGCCGCUUUAUAUAGGAGGGGUCAAACACUGGAGAGAGGUUCAUCGGCUUGCUGGUGCUUGGACUGGUUUAGUCGGUGCUGUUCAGAGAUUAAUGGUGAAUGGCAAAACCUUCCAGAAUUUGGCUGUAAACUUCACACAACACAAUACAGAAGUGUACGACGGUUUACCAUGUCCCAGUAACGAAAAUCCCUGUCACAAUGGGGGUGUGUGUUUACCGUUGCUGAAUAGCUACCUUUGCAAAUGCGCAAGUGGUUACGGUGGGCUACACUGCGAAUUUUUCAUGGGAUUCGAUGUCUCCGGUGGGGAAAUAUCAGACAGACCGGUACGAUUCGAUGGCGAUAAUUUUCUCCAGUUCAAACAUCGUUACAAUAGAAGUACUAACACAACUACCAGUACCAUAACAUCUACAACUUCCGAAUACUACGAGGAAUCUUACUCUGACUAUGAAUUUGAAGAGGACCUCGAUCUGGAAUACGAUAAUUACGACUACUCAGAACGCAAAGGUCAACAGUCCAACAAAUUUGAGCUUCGGCUUCGCACAAUUCACCCUAACGGUCUAAUCGCUUGGAUCGGCCGGGGAAAGCUCGAACACCUGAUCCUCUCCCUCGAGGACGGCUACGUUCUCCUCACCUACAAGGGUAAACACGAUCACGUGACCCUCAAAUCUCGUGAACGGAUAGAUAACGGGGUAUUUCACCACAUAAAGGCAGCUCGCAAGAAGAGAAUGACGAUUAUUCAAAUUGAUGAGCAACCACCGGUCAAAGUUGCCACGGAGGUGACGCUUCUGACGACGAAUGGAAAACUCUUUGUGGGGGGAAAGCCGGGGCAUCAGGGUGUCCGCGGAUGCGUGACAGACUUCAUCGUCGACAAACGAAGACUACCCCUGGCACGACGAAAGAUUGACUUCUGUCACGACAACGAUGUAUGAUAGUCAACAACCACUCAACUCAUUUCUAGAUAAUGAGACGUCCAAUAGUAUUCUCACUCAAGUACAAUUAACAAUGAUGAUGAAUACUCACUAGCAGGGAAGACAAAUGAGAAACAAGAUGCUUGAUUAAUUAAUGAAUAAUUAAUUAAUUUUGGUGAAAAGAAAAGAAAAGAAAAUUGAAAUUAUUGGGUUCGAAUCUGGAACCUGUCAUUACUAACUCUGCACCGUAUCCAUUAGACCACUGGGGGAAUCUCCGCCGAAAAUUAAUUAGUUGAUGAUUAAUUAAACGUAAAAAUCGAUUGUUGCAACGAACAAUCAUGUGGUUAAAUUAAUUGUGAAGUGUUUAUGUGGGGGAAUUAAUGAACUAAGUGCUACAUUUUCAUCGAAGGACAAUAAUAUAUUUUUAAGACAUGCAUAAAGAAACGAAGAGUAAUUAAUGAUAAAUUAAUUAUUGAUAGAUUAUCUUGAAGGAUGGGAUUACAUUUGAAUUAAUGAUCUGCUUGAUUCUUCGCACGUGACCGUCAGGCACUUUAAGGUAUAUCAAGACUGAUUAUUGCGGAGAUACUUUGAUUGUACGGAGAUGAUUAUCAUGAAGUAAUUAUAUGAGUAAUUUGGUGUUAUGUUUGAGUGUAAGGUAGAGAGAUUUAAUAUUAUGAUAAUUGAUAGAUAGAAAAUAUGUAUUUUAAUGGACUGUUGAGUUAUGCCAGUAGAUGAUGAACAUUGUUUGAGGUAGCUGAAGCUUUUUAUAAAUGCGCAGGACAUAUAGAGAUGUCAGUCACGAAAUAGUUUUACAGAUAAAUUUAGGGGAUUGGCUGGCGUAUGCUAUUUUCAUUGUGAAAUCAACGCCACGGAAUUAAAUUUUUCUCUAUAGAUUAUUCUAUCGAGAUUUUUUCCGCGGAAAAAUGUCUAGAAAAUAUCUCAUUAGAAGGAGGUGAAUGGAAAGAUGAAAUUUUUUCUCCUCUGGCCAUUGAAAACCAAUAAAAUUUUCUUUAAAUAAAUGAUAGAAUUUUCUCGCAAAUCCUCAGGAUUUGCCUGUGAAUUUAUUUCGUGCGUGAAAUGCGAUGAAUUCAGCAGUGAAAUCGUAUAAAAACAAAGAUCACUGAUUUUUCCUAUUUAUGUUCUUUUUCUCAUCGCUUCACUUCUGAAUUCCAUCGAACAAUUAUCGAUAUGUAACAUUCCAUUUAUUGGACACCUCGAGAUUAUGAAUAUCAAGAUAAAUAAAUUAAUGAAAUCGAUUAACUAGGAGUUAAGAAUACGCACGGCGAUAAGAAAAUUGAGUAUAAAACUUAUUAACCGUUAAUGAAAAAUUGUAUAACGAAUUCAGUCAGGUGUCUGAUAAUUUAAUAAUUGAGGGGAACAAUCGGAAUUAUAUUCUUCGCCUCUUCCCUUCUGAUAAAUAUUUUAUUUUCAAAAUUAUCAUCGACGAUUGUUCACUCGAUUAAUGAAUGAGAGAAUGAAUGCAAGAUUAAGGAAAGAAUAAUCAUAUCUCACAGAGUAUGUACAUAAUCGUAAUUUCUUCUACCACUCGUGAAUUUCCUCACAACUGCGUGAAUUUAAAUUGUGCUAAUGUUGUUAACGACCUAAACGUAACUCACAAUUGGGCCUUUUAAUGUCAUCCAAUUUUUGUAUAAUUCUCCGAUGAGUCUAGCUCUUCCUUUUUUCUAUAUUUUGCUAUAUAUCUUCUUGUUUUAUGUAUUUGUAGGGAUUCGGGGAUGUUCCAUGUGAACAAAAUUUUCCAGACUAAAUUUUCCACCACAAUUUCACGUCCCAGAAAAUGAUAAAAGGGAAAAUUUUGUUCAGAGGAUGAGCGUCUCACUACCAUUUUCUAGAGGCAUCAGCGACGAAUCACAAGAUGAAGAGAAUGAGAUAAUUCCAAAACAUCUAAUGGCAUUACCUUAUGAAUGUAACACGUCACAAAUGUUUGAAGAACUGUCUAAAAAGAGAUUUAAACCUGAAGUUCAUUUUCUUCAUUGUUUUCGUCAAUGAAAUGCUCGAACGAUUCGGUAGGAAGUCAUUGACAAUUGUAUACGUUGUUGAAAUAAUGCGACCGGGUGAGGACGUUACAAGAGUGCGAGGUGAAACGAUUCCAAGUGAAAAUCAGAAAUUGUGUUUUUUAUGAAUGAAAAAUUCAAAUUAGAUGACGCUUCGAGGCAGCACAAAUAAUCGAAAAUUAAACUUCAUGCGAAUUCCCUGGUUAGAAAUUAUUUUUGGACUUUAUUUUACUUUAGUUGCAUUUUCGAUAACCGAAGCAAUCGUUUGAAGGAGGAGUUCAAAUUCCAAUCGAAGUGAAUCCAACAUAUCUACUAUGAGACAAAUAUGAAACAGAAGCUACAAAAUUGUAAAAUGGUUUUUUUUAUCGGCACUUUUACGCCUGGAUUUUUUACAACAUCGAACAUAUCUAAUUGAAUUACCUACAUAUCGUACGGCCAGUAAUAUCAGUCUACGAUGGACAAAUCAAUAAAUGCCACUAAUUCGGCUGAAAAUGCACAAGUAAUGUUAGUGACAAAUGGAGGAAUUUUUAUCGGUUGAUUUUAGUUUUUAAUGUGGAAAUCGUCCUCGAGGCGGAGAGAUUAACCAAUGAAAAUGUCAGGACUUUUUAAAUGUUCGAGAUAAUGAAUUGAGGGAUUAUUCACUCCAGCAUUACUUUCAAUUAUUGUUAUUAACAAUUAGUGCUUCCAUGUAAGCCUCGGUUCCGAGCUGUUUUAUAAUUAUUUAUUAGAACAAUAUCCGUUGACAUUAAAUUUUACAAAAUAAUAAUAAAAAAUGUACUAAAUGGUGGAUCGAGUAAUUACAGACAUUAAUGCCAUUAAUUACUUUUCAUUGAUAGAAAUCUUUUACCCCCUUGAUGUUCUCGAUUUUUUUUAAUUAACUAUUAUAUGUAUAUUUUUUAAAUUUGGGACAAAAAAAAUUUGGUGAAUAAAUAAAAAGAUUGACUAAAGAUUUAUAUUUUACUGCACUAUAUUUUCUGAUUUUUUGAAUUUUUGAAACGAUUUCGGCUGAUGCCGUUAAUUAAGGUUUAAUGAUGAAAGUCAAAUCGUCCCAUUCACUGACAGGAGUGAGUUACCCCUCAAAAAAAACCUCGAACCUGAAGACUGAAAACAAAAAUUAAUUUCGUCAAUCCCACUUAUUUCAUAGAAACAAAUACCAGGAAUGUCUCUUAAAUUUGAUUGACAGAUUUAAUUUUUGUCUCAGUGUAUUUAAUAAAAUAUAUCUCCAAUAAAAUUCGUCGAAUCUGUUUCGAGCUUCGUCCCAGCGGCCGGGACAGUCUGAUCUAACGAAAAAUAAAUUGAAAAAAAUCCUGGUGAACUGAAACUUCGAAGAACCCUUUACAUCUUCGCGCGUCGAUUCCAAGAAAUUCCUUCGAAUUUAAACUGCCAACUUAGUUAGUCCCGAUUACGUGACUACAUCCUUGAGAACUAAUUAAAAGAGACAAAUGGAGAGGAAUGAGAGCCGAGUCUAUGCCUCGUUUAAAAAUCAUGAUUACACGGCGUUGGAACUUUUAUAAAGUUCGUUUGUGUAAUUGUUACCUCUGCGCGAAGGUUUUACACCUCAUUAGUUUUUUACUUUGAUACCGUCAUACUGUGACUGUAACGUUUGAAAGAAUUUAAAUUCUACUGGAGCUAUACAUUAUGUAAUAAUGCGCAUUGUAAUGUGAACUGUAUAUAAAUAUAUAAAUUAUG